AUGAGCUUGGCCGGUUCAUCAUCGUCUGUGACCUGCCUGCCGCCGCUUCGCUCUGCGCUCGGCCAGGGUCUCUCGCCACCGACGGCACACCAUCUGCCCUCAUUUUCGUCGAGCUUCUCGGGCAUGGUCAAGCGCGAGAGGAUGAAUGUUGAAUCGUCGAAGAUUCUUGAGGAGGACGAUGCCCUGCCUCUGCUCAUGUCCAUGGCCCAGAUCCAGACCAAGGCAGCCCUCGAUGCCUCGCGAUUGCCCACCAUCUCGUCGAUCCUGCCAUCGCUGCCCGCCACCUUCGGUUCCUCUACUUCCACGCACUUUUCGCAGAUGGCACCCUCUACGCCGCCGAUCGAUCGCACCUCUUCAUCGUCGCCCGUGCCGCAAUCUUCGCCGCCCUCGCCCUCUACGCUGUCGCCGGGUCUCUUCGGGUCCUACUCGCUAAUCUCGACCUCCUCCGCCUCCUCGACAUCGUUCGGCCAUGCCACAUCGUCGGCUACGCCCGUGCCGUCCGCCACGUCGUCGCAUCAUCACCAGCAACAGGCCUACGUCUCGGCCACCAACAGCCUCAUGGAGCUCUCCGACAUCAUCUCAUCAUCUACGCAAAAGCUGCCUGUGCCGAUCUCUCCCGCCGCGACUUCCGUCAAGCCGGAGCGGUCCGACGACUCCGAGAGCGACAACGGUGCCGACGUCGACAACGGUGAGUACGUCGACAGCGACGGACUGGCGACGACGGGCAGCGACUCGCCAGUGAGCAGCAGGACGCGGCGCGUGACGAGGAGCCAGCAGAAGCAGAUCGACCGCCUCCGGAGCGAGAUCGAACUCGAACGCGAGCGCGCCCGCGAGCUCGAGCAGACCCUGCAGUUCGCCCUGCGCGAGCGCUCCGAGCUGCUGGCCGGCAAGCAGAAGCAGCAGCAGCAGCUCUCGGGUCCGUCCUUCGUCAACGUGCUCAGCGCCGCCUCCGCCGACGGGUCGCCGCAGGUGGUCUUCGUCGACCUGCCCCGCACCCCCCACUCGGCGCCGCCUGCCGCCACUUCGUCGGAGAGCUCCGCCGAAGCUGAGCCCAGGCCCCUGUCGGUGGGACGCAGCAGAUCGGCCCCGAUGCUGCCGCCCAUCGCCUCCAUCCCGGCGCUCUCGCCCUACCUCUCGCGCAAGCGUGGGUCGCUUCCGUCGCCCUUCGGAGCUGCGGCGUCGCCGCUGCCGGGCUCGCCCAGCACGUCGCCGCUCAGGGCGCCAGCCGGCGCCGAGUCGGCCUAUGUCGGCGCCAGGGGAGCGAGCAGCCGGCGCAGGAAGAGCGUCGACCGCGACGACACCGACGAGGACUACGACCCCGCGUCGUCCGCCGCCACCAAGAAGAUCAAGCGCACCCGCUCCAUGAGCGAGGCCGCCGGCCGGCGCUUGCCGGGCGUCGGCAGCACGAGGCGGCGAAGGUCCGAGUCGCAGUACCAGGCCGGCUCCAGGAGCGCUUACGGUGGCGAUGACGACCACGACCACGGUCACGUCGCUGCGGCCUUCAUGGCGAUGCGCGCCAAGGCGAUCGAGGAGCGGUACGCUCGGGAGUCGCGCCUGAUGGACGUCGUCGAGGGCGCCGACCAGGAGGACGACAACGACGACGGCGAUGACUACGCCGAGUACCGCCAACAGCAGGAGCAAAAGCACCAGCAGCAGCAGCCGUCGAGGGUCGCCACGAGGAGGGACAGCGUGCUGGACUUCAUCAAGGAUCACCCGCACGCUUCGUUCUGGCUGAAGGCCAGGAACUGA